CACCAUGACACAACAAGGGAUUAAGUUCACAGAGGCCCACUUAUUUUCUCUAGCACAUUAUCCCUUCCCUCAUAAUUAGUGUGCCCAAUUCCAUUCUGGAGAGAUAGAAAAAGAGCGAGAAACCGAAGAAUGGAUGAUUUUAGCUUCCCCACCAUUCAAACAGACCAAGAUUCUCUUCCCCGUCUCCCCUUCCCUCACUACGCCGCCUCUCCCGUAUGGUUCACAUCCUCCCCUACCGCCGAUAACCCCGUCCGCAGAAGCUGCUCAUUUAAAGAAGAGGCGAAAAGAGAUCCCGAGCCGGAUACAAACAACCUCGCGGUUUGCAGUUCCGGGCGGCUUAUCGUCGACGAGGAGAAGAUGGACAUGCUGUGGGAGGAUUUCAACGAAGAGCUCAUCCGGGUGUCCCGCGAGAUGGGAUCGGAGAAGGAUUCGAAAGCCAAUUCGGACGAGUCGGUCGCGACGACGGUUGAUCGGUGCGAGUGGAGCGCGUCGAAGAGCGGUAGCAUAAUUCAUCAUAGAAGGCCGAGCUUGCUGCUGAUACUGAAGGUGCUGAAGAAGCUCUUCUUGAUCCAGAAAGCGAGUUCUGCCAGAAACACUUCACAUUGUUAAGUUGAUCAGAGAGAGAUCACACACAAAGAGUUGCCACCAUUGUAAGUAUAAUAAACUCCGUAAGAUAUAGAAGUACACACAGGGAUGCCACAGCAAAAAAAUGGAUAGUUGAUAAAUUGUGUUCAUGGAUGGAGUUUGAAUACAAGAGAGAUAUAUUGGAAUUAAAAGUGGCAAUCAACAGAUUUGCAAAACCAUACAUCUCUAUGGGCAAAACAAUUGUGUAAGAUACUAUAGUUAGACUUGCAUUACUUUUGCUAUAAUUGUAUGUGAUGUGAAACUGAUCAUGGCAUUAAAUUAAGCAUGUGCAAUUGUAAUUAUUA